AUGCCAUAUCAGGAUGGUUAUCCGAACGGCCUGGAAACAGCUGAAACAGUCCAAAACGUCAAGCUUUUUGAUGGAGAAGCCUCCAGAGAUCAAAGAACCACUGACAUCAGACAAGAUAGAACCGUGGACUCGCAAUCUAAGUACUUCAAAGACACAAACCCAGUCAAGAAUGCAAGGAGAAUAAGCAAAAGAAAGUGGCAAGAGAAGCUCUUGCAAAAACCUAGGCCAAAGCAGUGCUGGGCCAUCUGCCUCUGCUUAAAAAUUACAUGUCAAGCCUCAGACCUCAAGGCCAGCAACUACAUUCUCAGCCUUGGGCUGGCAGGUAGGACUAGCACCCAUAUCAACAUUUUCCACCCCCUCUCAGACUCCAUCAUGUCAAAUCUCAUGUCUGAAAGCCACUGUGUUGUUGACAGAGUUGAGUGUGCAGCACAUGCAUUGAUGCAGUGGUGUCAUGGCCGUCUUGACCUUGGCCAAAAAGGUCAGGCCGAAAUGUUAAGAAAUCAAUGUAUAUCUGGUGUAGAAUGA